AGUCUGCCUAGUAUCAUUGGAGGGCGCGAAAAGACCUCUUACAAAAACACUUUACACAAUCCAAUUUAGACUCGACCUCUACACCUUGACAAUGCGCUUAAUUAGGCGUUGACACUGUGAAAGGGGAGGGCUAAUAGCGCACUUCUGCUGCACUCAAGAAGUUCAACCAGAAAGCACAGCCGGAGCGGGUCGAGAUACAAUGGCUAGACGAAAAGAAAAAGUUUGUUUGUGUAUAAGUAUUCCGAUUAUAUGUAUCAUCAUAAUUAUUAUUAUUUGCAUUACUCACUUUAACGUGGAGUGUGACGGACUUUACAAAAACGGAGCAGUGGCGGCGGAUUCGGAAACCUGCUCAAAGAUCGGACGAGAUAUACUGCAAUUGGGUGGCUCAGCGGUAGAUGGCGCCAUUGCUACUUUACUGUGCACGUCAAUCAUACAUCCUCAGAGUAUGGGCAUUGGUGGAGGCUGUAUAUUUACAAUACAGGAUCAAAGUGGCAAAGUGAGAGUAAUAAAUGCCAGAGAGACUGUCCCAAAAGCUUUCAAAACAGACCUUCUUGCCACGUGUCCAGCAACAGUACAGUCAUUGAAAGGUGCUCACUGGAUCGGUGUCCCAGGUGAUAUUCGUGGCUAUGAGCGAGCACACAAGCUGUAUGGACGUCUGCCUUGGGCCAGUUUAUUUCAGCCCACUAUCAAGAUGGCUAGAGAGGGCAUCCCUGUUUCCUACGUGCUCUCUCAGUUUUUGCCAUUUCUCCGAAAUGAGAAGCCAGAAUCUCCAUUACGCCAGUUAUUCCAGAAUAAACAAGGUGAGCUAUUGAAAGAGGGGGACAUAGUGAGAUUUGAGAAACUAGCAGAUACGCUUGAGAUCAUCGCACAGCAUGGGGCAGAUGCUUUAUACACUGGAGACCUCGCCAAAGACCUUGUCAGUGAUAUACAAAGCGCAGGUGGAACGAUUUCUCUGGAGGACUUGAGGUCGUUCAGAGCAUCUGAAUUAGGUGCCUGGGAAGUGGCUCUAGGAGAAUAUGACAUGUACUUUCCUCCACCACCAGCAGGGGGAGCUACACUUAGCUUCAUUCUCAAUACUAUGCUAGGUUUUAACCUAAAUUCUGCAUCUCUGGAGGGGGACGAGAAAGUCUUAACAUUUCAUCGUUACAUAGAAACCUGUAAAUUUGCCAACGGUCUUAAGAAGUUCAUCAAAGACCCCAACUUUGCAUCUCAAACGGAGGCAGUUGAGAUCAUUCAGAAGCAUUUUGCGGACAAAGUCAGAGCAAAAAUCAGCCCUGACCACACUUAUGAUGCCAGCUACUACAAUGUCACUCCAUACCUGGACUCUCAUGGCACCACUCAUGUGUCCGUGCUCGCUGAGGAUGGCAUGGCGGUAUCUGUGACCAGCACCAUCAACUACAUAUUUGGAUCCAGAAUUUUCUCCCCCAAAACAGGCAUCCUCCUCAACAAUGAACUUGUAGACUUCUGUGGAAGAACAGACCAGAUUCAUGCUGGUGAGCAGCCUCCUUCCUCCAUGUCUCCAAUGAUCCUCCAUUCCUCAUCUCAGAAGCACACUGUGGUCAUAGGAGCCUCAGGUGGCAGUAUGAUCACCACCGGGAUGGCGCUUACUCUCAUGAACUUCCUGUGGUUUGGCAAGACUCUGAAAGAUUCCAUCGACGCCCCCGUGGUGUAUGUAGACUCCAAAAAUGUACCUAACUUUGAGCCCUUGUUUGACAAAAUUGUUAAGGAGUCACUUAACAAGAUGGGCCACAGAGGCAGCAGUAACUCAACGGUGUUUUAUAAUGUGGUAAAUGCAGUGUCAAAGGAAAACAGCUGCAUAGAGGCCGUAUCUGAUUCAAGGAAACAUGGAAAAGCUGCAGGGUAUUGACAUGCAACUCACAUCAGCUCUGCUCGAUGCAUCUGUGCUGUGUUUGGAUGAAGUAAACCGGGUGGAUAACAAAUUGACAAAUAAUAGCAAACACCAUCAAUAUGUGAAGUUUCGACAUUUUACUGUGAAAAACAUGAAAAUAUAAUAUUUUUAAUUUUACUGUGAAUAAUGUGUGUUGUAAAUACAGUACAUAUAUUGAUGUAUAUAUACACGUUAUGUGAAUGUUAUUUUAUAAUAGUUUGCAACACUGCUUUAGCCACACAUAUUUUUAAAAAAUCAAUUUGUAUAUUAGCCAACUUGCUUGUAUAAUGUGAGUUUAUUUGCACACAUGACCAAAAAAAGGUCAAAUACACAAUAUGAUUUAAAAGUUUGGGAUCUGCAAGAUUUUUUAAAAAAGAAAUUAAAGCUUUUAUUCAGCAAUGAUGAUCAAUAUAUUUCUAAUGUUACAAAAGAUAAUAAUUGAUAAUAUUUCUUGAGAAGAAAAUCAGAAUGAAUGAGAAUGAUUUCUGAAGGAUCCUGUGACACUGAAGAUUGGCAUAAUAAUGCUGAAAAUUCAGCUUCGCAUCACAGGAAUAAAUCAUGUUUUAAAAUAGAUUAAAUAGAAACAGUUAUUUUAAACUGUAAUAAUAUUUCACAAUAUUAAAAUUUUUUAUAUCAAAGAAAUGUAUCUCUGAUGAGCAUAAAGAACUUAUUUAAAAAAAAAAAAAAAAAAAAAAUUAAAAAAUAUUGCUCAUCCCAAACUUUUGAACAGUAGUAUUUCACUUUUUUUUUU